CAAAUUACGACGAUGUGUUUGAUAUUCUGUCGAUUCGUUAUAAUUUUUUGGAUCCUAUUGCAAAUUGAGGGGGUUGUUGUUAAUGAUUCAAGAAUCCAGGCAUUACUUUUGAAUUCGUCAUUUUCCAUUGAACAGUUAGAUUAUCGGAAUAAAAAUGAGAUUCGGUCUGGCGAAGUAGCGACUCCUGAUCUUUGUAAAACAUUAAUGAAGAGAUGGUUUCAAAAUUUGAAUAGUUUAAAAAAUGGAACAUGUAAAAACUCGGAUGAUUGUCUGGACGCAUUAGAUCAGUUGGAUGCAUUCGCGAGAUAUCCGGCACCGGGAUCCCCAAAUAUUUAUGAUGGAUCUUUCCGGAAGUGUAACGAUUUGAAUGAGAAAGGAGGACAUCGGAGGAAAUAUUGUUAUUUAAUUCAGGCAGAUGAAAAAAUGAAUUGUCGAGAGGAAUAUCAUUCGAUUCUUUUUAAGCCCAACAGGACUGCUUUUGGGUUUUGUGGUCCUGAAAUCUGUCAUGGGAAAGACUACGCUUCAAUGUUUGGAAGCAUGGAAAAAACAUUUCAUUUUUUGAUGGAUAGGCCCGUCUGUGCUGCAUUUUGCACAGUUCGAGAUAUUCCAAAAAAACUUCAAUUUUAUUUUUUCACAGCUUUCUUGAUAAUGCUCGGCAGUGUUGUUUUCUUCUCGUCGCUGUAUGAUUAUGUUAGAGACACUAGAUAUCGCCUGAGCUCCGAGUCUGAAAAAGUUUUCGGUCAACGAAUAAUAUUAUCAUUUUCUCUAUGGUCCAACAUCGAAUUCAUAUUUCAAGAUAAACGGCCCGAUUACAUUAGAAGUCUUGAUUGCAUUCGAGCUAUCACUUUUACAUGGGUUGUCGGUCAGAAUGUUGUUGGUCAUUUGGGAUUUUAUGAUGAUAAAAUUCGUGUAGAUCCAUCCAAAAUUUCCUUGGCAAGUUCAGCUAUGUCUAGCCUUCUUCCGAUAUACACGUACCUUUUUAUGUCAGGACUCACAGUAUCAUAUACAUUCUUAAAAGGAAAACCAUCACUUGAUGUGCUGAAACAACCUUUUACAUGGCUGAUUUUCUUUUUCCACAGGUGGAUCAGAUUGACAUCUGCACUCAUGGUUUUUAUUGGUUUUUUCGAUGCCUACGGAAAGUACAUUCAAGGCCCUUAUGAUGCACUCACCGGAUAUUCCAUGGUUACUCAAACAGAUCUAUGCACAUACUGGAUGGAUAUAAUUCAUAUCAGUAAUUUUGUAGCUGUCGAUGAAAUGUGUUAUCUGCCUGCUUGGCAUUUGGCAGUGGAUUUUCAGUUUACAAUAUUUGCUCCAUUUUUUCUGUUGGCAUUCCAUUACUCAACAGUUUUAGGAACAAUUCUUGCAAUCAUUGCAUCACUUAUCGGCUCGGGACUGACUGUAUUUUUCUUUUUACAGAAUACAAUUCUGAAUUCAGCAUUUACCGGGGACCACGUACAUGACGACAAGCUGGUUGAAAUCAUUCUUUCAAAACCGUGGAAUCAGAUGGCUCCUUACAUGAUGGGAAUGAUAGCUGGAUGCAUUUUGGGGAAACAUUCUGGAAGUAAAAGAAUUAUACAUCCAGUAGCAUCUUCUAUCAUUUGGAUUAUAAUCACAGUUCUUGGAUUGGUAGCUCUAAUUUUCGGACACUUUGGCACAAGUCAGCUGGAAAAAGCUCUCACCAACGUUUCUACUCGAGCAGUUUGGUCAAUAUGUCUUAUGUGGAUUAUAAUUUCCACUGAAUUGAAAUCGGCCGGUCCCAUCGGACACUAUCUCGAGCAUCCGUUUUGGCGUCCCUUCGGAAAAUUAUCUUUCUGUGCAUUUAUUGUUCAUCAUAUGCUGCUAUAUUUUUUAUUCAAUAUACAAGAAGAAGCGCCUAAGUACACGAGUUUCUGGCACGAAUAUUUCCACUACACCAUUCCGAUCGUCAUCUAUUCAUAUUUCCUGGCUUUUUUCUUGAGCGUCGUCGUUGAAAUCCCAAUUUUAAGAAUCGACAGACUAAUUAUAGACCAGUUUGUUCCAGUAUCAAAAAUUGAGAAGAAGACAGAUGUAGAAGAAGACGAUAGUUUCAAGGAUACCAGCAAUAGAAGCGACAAUACUGAUGGAAGUAGCAAGAAAAUUAAAAAGAGCCCAGAAAAUCAAGAAACUGAUUACCAAUCAAGAAACGCCUAUUCACCUAAUGAGCCUCUUCUGGAAAAUGAUCUUUACUAAAUAAUGUAUUUUUUAUUUAUUGCCCGAAAUAAACAUAUGUUAGCUA